UGCUUUUUUCUUUCUCUUAUUUUGCAAUAGCAGCAGCAGCAGCAGCAGCGUAAGUUUCAUACACAAUGCAACGGCGGCCUUUAACUAGAAGUAGUAAAUAGAAACCUUCUUUGACAAUCAUUAAAAACCACAGACGAUUCGGUACUUGGAAUUAUAGUUUGUCAACUAGAGAUCGUCAACCCGCUUACCAAAGAUUUACAGAUACAAAUAAUAGAAUAACCUCCUAAAGUGAAUCAGUUGUAGCCGAUCCCACAUGAUUCGCUGUAUAGCUGCUGCUACACUACUACUACCAUCGCCACUAAUGUUAUUGUUUGUUAUUUCUGGUAGUAAUGUUGAUGACAGUGCUGAUGGUGCUGAUGGUGCUGAUGGUGCAAUAGAAAAGGUCCCUGAUAUUAAUCAAGAACUGGCGAUGAUGGCACCUAUACUAACAACAACCGCACGACCGCCUGCUCGGAUGAUGUGGGGGCGAUGAUGAAGAUCUAUCAUGUUAGCCCUCCGACACAAAAAAAAAGAUUUAGUCUCUCUUGGCGAAAAAAACCAACUUUAAUUAUUUUCAGCCUUACAGCAACAAUAACAACACAAAUAGUACUAAUGCUGCUAAUGACCUGUGAGCAGAUGCAUGUUUUAUAAGCAAGCGGUAGAAAAAGAAGAUGUAGGAGAAGGGGUCAUGUUACAGUGCAGGAAGUCGUAUUUGACCACACAAAAAUAAAGAUGAG